CUUUCCCUUACUCCUUCACUCACACAUUUACACACUCAUGCACCCUCCUCCAGGUGCCUGGACCACUUUGGCUGAGCUACCUGCAGAAUACUUUCUCUCUAACUCUUUCUAACACACCAACUGAACCAUGGCCUGGGUGCACAUUGUUCUGCUGACCCUGCUGCCCACCAUCCUCAUCCUCACUGUGUUGUCUGAGGUAGAGGGUGCAGCAGUAAAGGAUGAAAAAGACAGUGAGGCUAGUGGACCCUCUAAGCGAGUUUUCAUGCCAGCAUCAGAUGCUUCCAACUUCUUCAAACGCCGUGGCCGCAGAUCCCCAAAAUCCCAUGCUGAGUAUUUUGCUGAGCAGAGAGUGCAGUUGGCGCAGGCAGAGCGCAGGAGGGAGUACUAUGAGGAACAGAGCAACGAGUAUGAGAACCAUGUGGAGGAAUCGCGAGACGAGCAGCACGAGAGGACCCGGGAGACGAUGGAUCAGUGGCGGCAGUAUCACUAUGAUGGACAGUACCCACGAUACCCCCACCACCGCCCAUAUUACUGAGCAUGCUCCAUCAGUCCACGACAUGUGCAUCACUCUGAAAUGUAACAUUUUUACUGGGUCUGAUGCUCACUUCCCCCAAAAUAUCUUAUAUUUCUAGCUUUUAUAUAUAUAUAUGUAGAUGUAUAUCUUACAAGUGCAAUACCAUCUCUUUAGAUUAUAUAGAUUAAACCUAAACCUAGACUAAAAAGAGUUUGGAAUGAUCAUUCACUGUGUGCUCUGCAAUUUAUUCCAAUUUAGACUCUGUUUAAUCCAUGUGUGGGAAACUGGCCCAAGGUUAAAACGUGGUAAAGUCAUUUACUCAGCAUAUAUUUCCUUUAAAGAUGUAAUCUGAUCUGAAUUUGGACUAUUUCCUGUUUUAACUAGAAUCAAAAAACAGUGCCUUCUUA